AGACAAUUCUCAAACAGAGAGCGGUGAACGCAAUGUCAGGGACGUGCUGCGUCAUGGCUGGGCGGUAGUAUUUUACAUAAAUGUCACCUCCCUGAGACUCCAUUGAGGGUUUGGGAAGUUUGCGGGAGGUGCUAGUAACAGGCGAGGAGGCUCAGUUGAAGGCUCCUGUAAAAUAUUUCUGCAUUUUCUCCACCUCCGAGAGGAAUUUAUAACAAUGGAUGCGUUAAAGUCGGCGGGACGAGCGAUUAUAAGAAGUCCCAGCAUCGCCAAGCAAAGCUGGGGAAGUAGCAAGCACAAAAAGUUGCCAGAAAACUGGACAGAUACAAGAGAGUCGCUGCAGGAAGGAAUGAUAUUUAAUCUCAAGUAUUUGGGUAUGACGCUAGUGGAACAACCAAAGGGGGAAGAAAUGUCGUCUGCUGCUGUUCGAAGGAUUGUUGCGAUGGCCAAAGCAAGUGGUAAAAAAUUUCAGAAAGUCUCACUGACUGUGUCACCGAGAGGAAUCAUACUGCACGAUGGUACAAAUAAUGAACUGAUAGAAAACGUCUCCAUUUACAGGAUAUCUUAUUGUACGGCAGACAAAGUACAUGAUAAAGUUUUUGCCUACAUUGCUCAGAGCCAGCUAAAUGAGACUUUGGAAUGCCAUGCUUUCCUGUGUACAAAGAAAAAAUUGGCUCAAGCAGUGACAUUAACAGUGGCUCAGGCUUUCAAAGUAGCUUUUGAAUUCUGGCAGGCUGCCAAAGAAGAGAAAGGGAAAAGGGCCACAGUUAGACCCUCAAACAGUGGUACCACUGGUAAAUUGCAAUCAGAAGCCUCUGCCAAUCAUCAGCACAAAGCAGAGGUUGCAACAGCAAAUUUGUUGGAUUUAACUGAAGGAGCAAUAUCUUCAUUAUCAACAAACAACAGACAUGAUCUUUCUACUGGAGACACAAACUGUUCAGUAAACAACAACAUUAUGUGGGAACUGAAUGAUGACCUGGAUGAAGCUUUUGCAAGACUGGCUCAAUCUCGAACAAACCCUCAGCUCCUGGACAUUGGUUUAAGCCCUCACGAUAUGCAGGCAGAAGAAUGCCUAUCUCCUACAGACUGGGGAAAAAGUGAUCCUGGAGUUACAGAUAGAGAUGAUUUGUUUGGGUUCUGACAACCUGAAAGCCAAAGAGAAUAGACAGCUUGCUUACGAAAGAGGAACUAACCACUCAAAACCUAGCUCGGCACCUUCUGCUCUCGAGAUGCAAUGGUUCAAGAAUGGAGCUUUGAUUUGAAUGACUGUUGCAGGAUGACUGAAAUGGAGGAUUAAAUAUGUUUACUGUUCCAGUGUUGCCUUCAAAGAAAUUCAGACCAAAGCCAAUAGCCCUGAUAGAAAAUCCAUUCAGGCUUAGACCCAACCAAGAAUGUAUAGUCUAGCUUAAGUGGGCGAUUAGCUGCCUAUUCAUUUGAACUAAAACUGUUGCUAGAAAUAAAUCCUGAAAAUACUACAAGUUUAUAACUGUCUAUAUAUUAGAUUCAAUUGUGUUAAGUAUAAUAAAAUAUCUUCUUUUAUUUUUAAGGAAAUAUUGUUCUUUCCCAACUGAACAAGCAGCUUAUUGUCUCGUCAUUUUCUGCUGUUAUUACCCUAACAAUGUAAGUGGCCCCUUUUAAUUUGCUAUGUGACAGUAUAGAUGAAUGCCCUCAAUUGUCACUUCGUAGACUUGCAAUUUGAAACUUUAUAUGUAAGUAUUUGUUACAUUAAUUAUAGGUUAAUGAGGUAACCAUAUUUAAUCUCUGCAUUUUUAUGUUACAAACGAUGUACUAUUAUAAUGAAUGUUAAUUAUUUUAAGUCCAUGUCAUUUCCACCUCCUUAUUGCCUUUAGUUUCAUCUCAAACUUUUACAAUUCAAUUCAAUACAGGAACAGGCCCUUUGUCCCACCAAGCCUGCAGCAAUUCCUGAUCCUCAUUUAGACCCGCUACUUAUUGCCCAUGUAUGGUUUAUAACACUGUUAGCCUCCUGUACAUGUGUCUGUCAAGAUAUGCUUUAAAUGUUGCUAAUAUGUCUGCUUCCACUACCUCCACUGCAGUGCGUUCCAGGAAUCCACCACUCUGUGUGAAAACUUUUCCCCGUACUUUUCCCCUGUCACCUUUAAACCUGUGCCCUCUUGUAUUGACCUUUCCACCCUGGGGACCAAGCACCUGACUAUCUACUCUAUCUAUGCCUCUCUAAUUUUGCAGAGCUCUUUCAGAUCAUCCUUCAGCUCUGUCUUUCCAGUGAAAACAAUCCAAGUUUAUCCAACCUCUCCUCAUAACUAGAACCCUCAAGACCAGGCAACACCCUGAUAAGUCAUCU